AUGACUGUGGAGGCCGGCGGCGUGGGCAGUCGCCAACAUGCCGGCCGGUAUCGCGACACGGUGCCGAGAUCUCUCGAAGUGCGACUGUACACGUCCCACUUCCUCUCGACGUGGAACUCCCGGCUGUUCGAGUUCGCCGCGGUCCUCUUCCUGGCGUCCAUCUUCCCGGACACGCUGCUCCCGAUGUCGGUCUACGCGCUGGCCCGCAGCGGCGCGGCCAUCGUGCUGGCGCGGCCGGUCGGGCGGCUGAUCGACAAGGGCGACCGUCUGGCGGUGGUCCGGGCGUCCAUCAUUGGGCAGCGCCUUGCGGUGGCCGCGAGCUGCGCGCUGUUCUGGGCCCUGGAACGGCGGGGCCGGCGGAUGGCUGCGAGGCUCGGCGACGGCCUGUUCGCGUUGGCUGUCAUCCUCGCCUGUGUCGAGAAGCUGUGCUCGCUGAUGAACCUGGUGGCCGUCGAGAGAGACUGGGCGGCCGUGAUCACCGAAGGGGAUGAACUGGCCCGGCGAGUACUGAAUGCUCGAGUACGGCGGAUUGAUCUUGUCUGCAAGCUGCUAGGACCACUGGCCAUCUCUACCAUAGCGAUAUCGUCCACGCUGGUCGCCAUCAUUGCCACGCUUGCCAUGAAUCUCGUAUCGGUCCUUGUUGAGUACAUAUGCAUAGCUCAGGUCUACAAGCAAGUGCCCUCGCUAGCGAGAGGGCCGGCGGCUUCCGACAACGAACUGCCGCCUUCAACAAGGCCGUCGACCGGCGCUUGGCUGAGGCCAUCAAUAUCCCAUGUUCUUCCCGUAUCGUCUCUGCCUUUCUACUUCCGCCACGCAGCCUUCCUCCCCUCCUUCUCGCUUACCCUUCUCUACCUCACCGUGCUCUCCUUCUCCGGCCAGAUGAUCACGUAUCUCCUCUCGGUGGGGUACAACUCCCUGCACGUGGGCAUCGCCCGCACGGUGAGCACCGUCUUCGAGCUGAGCGCCACGUGGAUAGCACCCCGCCUGAUGGAGCGGAUCGGGGUUGUCCGGGGCGGCAUCUGGAGUCUCUGCUGGCAAAUGGUCUGGCUCGCGGCCGGGAUCAGCUGGUUCUUUGCCGACUUCUCCGGCAUGGGCACGAACAGCGCCAUCUCGGCCACGGGCCUCGCCGUCGGCGUUGCCCUCAGCCGCGUCGGCCUUUGGGGCUACGACUUGUGUGCGCAGAACAUCGUCCAGGACGAGGUCGAAGCCGAGCUUCGCGGGACCUUUUCGACGGCGGAGGCCUCGUUUCAGAACCUGUUCGAACUGCUCUCGUACGUGGCUACCAUCGUCUUCUCCCGGCCGGAUCAGUUUCAGUGGCCCGUGGUCAUCAGUGUCAUCGCCGUGUACGCUGCCGGCGGCCUGUACGCCUCCUUUGUGCGCCGAAGGCGGGGGCACCUCUUUCAUCCUCCGCCGUGCGGGUGCAAGCAAGGUGGGGUGUGA